UCGCUUUUAAUUUCCAUCACACAAUCCCGUACCAGAAUCCAGCCUUUCAUCAUCAUUCUUUCAUUCAUUUCAUCCGCCCUUCUCCCAUGGCCUUCCGGGCAGUAGCAGCGGCAAGGCCUCCUCCCACCUUAUCCUGCGCACCCAAACUCUCUCCUCCUAAACCUACGCCCCCACCCAGACCCCAUUUCAAAAAGCACACCCCUUUAUCUUCCUCGGCAGCCCCAACGGCUCUCUCUCUUCUAGCUCUCGUUUCAACUCCUAACGACGCCAAAGCUUUCGGAUUUUCCAAAGAGCAGAUCAUCACAUCUCUAACAGACGCGGAGAAGGCGAUCGAUCAGGCAGUUGAAGUUGGUUUGAGCGUUUUCGUUUUCACCAAGGGUGUAAUUCAGACGGUUGUUGAUGUGUUGAGGCCCGGCAUUGAUGUGGCGCUGCCAAUUAUACAGAAGGCCACAAACAAGGCGGUGGAGAUCGCAUCUCCGGCAAUCUCUGGGGCCGUCAACAAUGCUCAAGAGAGCCUCCAGAAUGCUGGCAUUGAUCCCCAGCCAGUUGUCAGUGCUGCUAAGACUAUUGUUGGUGCAGCACCAAAAGUUAUCAAUGAGGCCAAACCGGUUGCUUCCACAGCAGUACAAACACUUUUGUCAUCAGAUCCACGUACGAUCGCAGUGGCAGGUGGCGCGUUGUUCAUCUCUUACCUCCUCCUACCACCCAUAUGGUCGGUGGUUUCUUUUAACCUCCGAGGUUACAAAGGCGAUCUGAGUCCUGCUCAGUCUCUUGAUUUGAUUUCUUCACAAAAUUAUCUCAUGAUUGACAUUCGGUCAGAGAAGGACAAGAACAAAGCUGGAAUUCCUCGCGUUCCGUCUAAUGCUAAAAACAAGAUAAUCUCAAUUCCUUUAGAAGAACUCCCAAACAAGAUAAGAAGCCUUGUGACAAGUGCAAAGAAAGUAGAAGCUGAAAUAGUCGCCCUGAAGAUUUCAUACCUCAAAAGGGUCAACAAAGGCUCCAGCCUUGUAAUCAUGGACUCGUACUCUGAUGUGGCGAAAAUUGUUGCGAGAGCACUUACAGGUCUUGGCUUCAAAAACUGUUGGAUCAUGGCUGAUGGGUUCUCUGGGGGCCGAGGGUGGAUACAGAGCCGUUUAGGGACAGACUCAUACAAUUUUUCUCUCGCGGAGGUUGUUUCUCCAUCACGGGUAAUUCCCCCAACAGUUGGGCGUUUGGGCACCACCAGUUUUCAAUUGGCUCGAAAACUUCUUCCUGGGAGCAUCGAUGAUUGAGAAAUUCCUCAUAUUGAGAAUGCUCCUAGCAUGUAUUUGUGAAUGGGAUCAGAGCACUUUGGCAUCCAUCCAUUGUAAUUUGAGGAAUGUGAAUCCAUUGCUCUUCUAAGUCGUGCCAAA